CGAGCCCAAUCCAUCUCGCAUCCUCAUACAUCGACUUUCAGGCUGCAGACGGGUCAUCACGAUCUUGUUGACGGCUGGGAACUGACAAGUUAUAUACCCGUGCGAGGCUGUGCCCCCGAAAGCGCACAUGUCCUUUAUCCGCCUCUAUUGACUAUUACCCCGGAUCGGACUUGGGCUGUUGCAAGACACAAAGAUGGAGUUUGAGCACACGAACAUCUCCGAAGUAGAUCUCACGCGUCUGUUGCCGACCUGCCAAAGAUGCCGUCGCCUUCGAAGGAAAUGCGAUACGAAUCUUCCAGCUUGUCGGUUAUGUCAGAAAGGCAAGGCCGAAUGUACCUUUUUUGAUCAUGCUUUACAGCAAACUCUGCCCCGAAGUUAUGUUCAUUCGUUACUGAAUCGUCUGGGCCGUCUACGGUCCGUUCAAGCCACAGUCAACGGAUCAACCGAGCCUUUGAGCACUUUUCAUGUUGCCCAGCAUGAACGAACCACCUCUACAGCUUCAUCGCAUCUCGAGCCUCAACCCACGCCAUGGGGAACUUACACCAGUGAUUUGUCUUUUGACAAGCAUUUCAUCAUUGAUCAUGCAAACCCAACAUGUUGGCAAUUCUUGGGCAGCAGCUCUCCGUACGCCCUCGUGGUCGAAGUGCUUGUCCAUGGUCAAGCAAAACUCGGCCCAAUGGUUCACAACCCAGACUACGCCGGUCCUGAGUUCUGGUUGAAUGCUCAAAGCACAGAAGUUGCAGAACCGUUGCAACCGCGCUCAGCACCGUCCCGAUCUGAAAUUGAGAUGCUCGUUAAUUUGUACAUGUCAACUACAAACAUCCUCAUGGCCUUUUUCGAUCCCGAUGAUAUUACCCUGGAGAUUGAGACCUAUUUGCGACAUCAUGGGACCGCCGUCAAAUAUCUUAUGGGCAAAGACGCUCAUCAAUUCUUUCGUGUCUCCAUGAUUUGUGCCAUUGCUUCGGCCAACAAAGCAAGACAUCAUUCAGCCUACGACACCGAGUCGAUGGCUUAUUACGCCGAAGCAUUGCAGUGCGUCGAAGAAGUCACCUCAGAUGUUUCAGUUGAUGCGCUCCAGGCGUUGCUGCUCCUGAUAGCUUUUGGCAGCUUUCAUCCGAGGAAAGGUGAUAUUUGGAAAUUAUUGGACUUUGCGUGCCGUUUGAGUGUAGAGCUCAACUAUCAUACAGAAACCAACGACGACUACGAGGAUGAGAAGAGCAAGAAGAGGCGCCGGUCCAUCUUCUGGGGCUUGUACUGUAUCGAACGAACCAUGGCCCAACACCUAGGUCGACCAUCGGACCUCACCGAAGAAAUCAUCACUGCCGAGUAUCCAGCCUCGCUGACAGAAUCAACCCUUGCGAAUCCUUCGUCAUUUCAAAUGAUCCUGACAUCGCACUACUACCGUCUCACAUAUCUCCGCUCUGAAAUUUUCCGCGAGCUGUAUCUGCCCGCGGUAGCCCCCAAUCUAUCACGCUUAUGGUACGAACAAAGCCUCGAACAGAUCUUGUCAUGGAAGCGAGAACUACAAUUCCUUGAUACAUCUCUGGGCAUGGGUAGUAUGACAUGCGAAAUUGGGUUCGAUACCUCAAUUUUAUUCCUCUUCCAGCCUCUGCUGCUACGCGCACUAGUGGCGACAAAAGAGCCCAUGCUCGCCCACGAAUCGACCGAACUUAUACCUCGCGAAAGCUACCACUCUGCGGUCAAGGUCGUUGAGUACUACAACAAGAUACUCCGUGGUGCUGAGGGCUCUCCUUGGGGCAUGUACCCUAUCACCAUUGUCUCUGCGCACUACAUCCACCAAGCCACCAUUACCAUCAUGGCUCACUGCUUGCUAGCAAUCGAUGGACGACUCCCUGUCGUGAGCUUCUCGCGUGAAUUGAGUGGUGAUGAGGAAGGGCCGGUAGACUUCACUGGCAUCCACGAAAUUUCAGGGACCUGCUUGAUCCUGCUGAACACCUUAUCGAAGCGAUGGGCAGGGAUGGUGGGCAUACUCGAUAUCUACAAGAGUCUUCAAGCCAAAGUGCUGCCAAUCAUGAUGCGGAGUGGGUUGGGCUAAGUCACCUUUAUCCUAGGUCGCCUUCAGAGUCAUCGAGAACCUGUUCAUUGCUCCACCCAUAUUUCUUCCAUUCCAUUCUUUGACCUACUAGGACUUCUCUGGCCAGUAAGCUGCCCUCACUUUCGAUCGGUACCGAUUCGCGAACCAUUCGCCCACCAGAAUUUCUCGCUAGGCGGCUUGCAGCCGAGAUCCGUCAGGGCGCAGCGACCCUCCCGGGAGAGGCCGGCUUUUCUUGCUGCACUAUAUCGGCAGCCAAGGUCUAUUGAGUAUGCUCAUUGUAUGCGGCAUCAAGCGAGACUGCCCAUGGUCCGAGAUGCUUCGUCUGAGAGUCUGCCAGGAUGUUACGUUCGAGGCAUAACACACAAUGAAGCAAAAUUAGUAGCCUGCAUAGUGUACUACGAUCUCGCCGUCUGGCAACCAGAGACAACAAGCGUUCGAAGUCAGUAAAAUUCUACCGAGAAAUUUCCCCCCAAGGCUCACGCGAUGCUAUUAUUACCUUCACUGUGGUUGUCCACCAACCAAAAGGCACAACUGGAAGGCAGGACAACGAACGAUGACCACGAACAGGAAGCCGGCGGACCUCAGGUGUGAGGACCUCGACGGUAGUAGGGUUCUCAACCACGGUUCAGGUCCUCAUGACUCUUCGUGGUCCUCAGGCGUAGUCGUGGUUCAGAACUCUAUUACCGUCGAGGUCCUUGGACGGACGAGUACAAAUAAAGGAGAUUCCUCACCGUCAAAAUCUCCCGCUCGUUAACAUCGAUACACACAUCACCACACCACACCACACCACAUAACACCAGAGUCCUUCACAAGAGCAACCGACACCAUCACCACAAUACAUCCAAAGCCAACCACACAAACAACCGACUCUUUUCCACCAGCACCCUCCUUCCUCCAGAACCUACAUCCACCACUUUCCCGACAAGUCCCUCGGCGAUAAGAAAAAAUGGCCGCCUUCACUCGCUCCAUGGCCGCCGCCGCCCGAGCCAAUUCUACUACGGGCAGCAAAAAGCCCAGACUCAGACUUAUUCGCCGACGUUCGACACCCUGUCCGAGGUGGACAGGCACCAAGAUACGCUUCACCAUGAGGGACGGCAAGCCAAUAAGGUGCCAAGUUGUUGGAUAAAGGAGGAGAGUUGACAUGGUGGACAUAGUGGUCGACAGGACCACAAGCGGAGGUAUGAAUAUGUUAGGACAGGCAGUGGCCUAUUGUGAGAUACUAGAGGCAUAGACAAUACCCGGACAUUUACC